UGUCCAAACAAAUUCAACCAAGCGAGCUACAGUAUAGCAACACACGUGACCAUACUAAACCCCCAAAACCCUUUGUUCCUUCUUCCCUCUACCCUACCUCAUUUCACAGUUGCCACACAAAAAUGGCAUCAAAGAAACCAUGGAGAAUAAUCCCAAGACCACUUCUCGAAACAGUCCUCAACAACCACGCUCAACACCACCGUGUCCAUCAACCACUCAUCCUCCACGGUCCACGUGGCGUCGGAAAAACCACCUUCAUUCUCGAACGCGUACUCAACGACUGGAACAAAGGCCCACACUUCACCAGUUACGUCGAUUUCGCCCAACUAGCCCAGCCCAGCAUAUCAAGCCCAUGGGCUUCAUGGUCCAACUUCCCUCCUCCAUCUCUCUCCGAUUGCCGCAACAAUCUCAACCAAUGCCUCGAAUCCAUGGCGGAGAAAGCACUCCAAUUAGGAUCCCUUACUUCUCGUCAGAUCUUCAAUUCGCUUAAUAAAUGGCACGGUUUAACCACCGCGCUACGUCGCGUGUUGAAUGAUACUGUUUCUAAAGGCUCUACGGCUGUGCUGUGGGACCGGGCGGUGUUGGCUAUGACGAAGGAAUGUAGUGGUGAUGAGAUUGAUAGGGUUUUGGGAUUUGGGAAAAAGGUGAAGAGUGUUAUGUCUGUUGAAGAGAGUUUGUAUUUUAAGGAAUCUGUAGUUGCGUUGAAGCUUGCGAAAAGAGUUAUUGAAAUUCAGCAAGGGUUUAAGGGGAAUGCUAUUGCGAAUAUGAAUCGGACUGGAACUUUUUCGAGGACUCUUACGCAUUCUUCCACUGAUUGGCCUUUUUUGUUGUUGGAUAUGUUGUCUCAGGCUGCUGAAAUUGAUCAUUUUCAGCCGAAGCUGGUAAUUAACAAUAUUGAAGUUCUAAAGCAUGCUACGGAAAAUGAUGAGUUUUCUGUCAGUGGACCACUCUAUCAUGAUAGCUUGAUAUGGAGAAUAAUGGCUUUGGGUGCUAAUGAGCGGUGCCUUCCUGUUAUCCUCGUUACAUCUGAUAGUUAUUAUUCAUAUGAAGCUUUCUCGGAUUUUGGACAUAUGGAUGUUUUCAUCUCACGUGAGGCCUUUGGGUGGACUCCACAAGAAGCUCAAAUGCACAUGGUCACCGACUAUUUUAGUCAUUCAGAAUGGAAAGUGAUUGCUGAGGUACUUGGGCCAAACCCUCGACAUCUAUUUGAGCUUUAUGCACUUAAACAAAACAAUCAUCUCCACACGACAGCAGCAGACAGAGCUAGUACAUUCGAGGACAUUGUUGAUGCUUAUCUAGCAUAUUUGCAGAUUUCUGUCGUGAAUCCUGCAAUGGAUAGAGCAUCGGAGAUCUUGCAAAAAUUUGCAAUUGAUGUACGCAAUGGAAAGGUUUCAGAUGACAAAUUACGUUUUGGUGCACCUUGGAGGCAUCCACCGAAGGUUGAUGACCCUAAAUUGUGCAUAGAAUGGGCAAAGCUUCAGUUGAUGGAUUUUGUUAAAUCUCUUAUCAAUGCAGAAUUUGGGGUCAAUUAUCGAAUUGAUUAUAGUGAAGAAAUAUUUGACGAUCCUUCUGCUCUUGCAUUACUGCAGGUGGGGCUGCUUUAUGCUCAACGGGAUCCACCCUUCUUUCGUCCCAUAUCUAGAGGAAUUCAGAGGUGUCUCGUAAGAUGGCUUGUCCAGCAGCGGAUGGAGCUCAGUUUCCCCCAGUUGAUUCGAUUUCAGUGGCACAGAAUAAUACGGGGGCGUUUUUAUCGCCAUUUGAUGGUACAAGUAGACAGCAAGUAUUAGGUAGAGCAUCACAAUAGGUUUACCUUGGAAAUUGACAGAGUGAAGCAAGCCUUCUACUGAUUCCAUGGAAAGCCUGCAGAUGCGUGCUAACUGUUCCCUAGGCAUUAAUUCACAAACGUGAGGUUUUUUGUCCGUAUCUUAAAUGGAAUAAUGGGUCCAAAUUUGUGCUUCAACGGUCAAGAAUUUUUUGGUGCAUUGAAUUAAUUUUUUAUGAUACGAGGCUACAAUACCACUAUGCUUUUGAAGUAGAAAAUGUCAUGGACCCAGCAAUUCAGAUCGACGGAUUUCUGUGUUCCUGUUCCUAAUCUGAAGUGUAACGAAAUAUUAAGCAACACUGUCGUGUACAAGUUAAAAGCAUAUUUCUCACGAAUCAUUGUAAGUUCGUGGGUUUCAAAAUAGGUUUAUUUAUAAAAAAAAAAAAAGAGUUCUCUAUAUACAGUAAAAAUAUGUUGAUGUGGAUAUUGAAAACCAGAUAGAACGGUUUACAAGUUGUACAGAGAGCUGGCCAGCUUAGAUAUCGUUUUUUCGAUUAGCACAUAUAUUGCUUAACAGUAAUCAUGAUGCUUUCUGUUGAAUAAAUAAGAUACCAUUUUGGAUCUGGGUGCAACUUAGAUACUGAUUAGCUCCUAAUUUGCACCUUGAUUGAUUGUAAACUUUGCUAUAAGUUCUAUACCAGUUUGCAGAUUAUACAGAAA